AUGCCAUCUAUCUCCUCCCGUCUCUUCCGCGGUACUCGCGCCAUCCUCGAGUACAGGAAAGAGCGCGAUAUCCUUCUAAACAACAUCCGCCGCGCCAUCGUCACUUUGCGCCAGCUGCCCGAGGGCAACUACCUUAUCGAAGUCACCCUCAACAUCCAGUCCCUGAAAAUGCAGGCAGACAAGAUGAAGUGGGCUUCCCAGGCUCUUGCUACUGAGGCCGCAGACAUAAACUUCGUCGCUGCCAAGGGCGUCGACUACUACGCCACCACCAUCCCCAAGAUCUGCGACGAGGUCGGCCGUCACACACGCCAGAUGUACGAGAUCAUGUUGGACCACACCCACCGUCCGGUUGCUAACACCGAGCUCGCGAUCGCACAGGAGUUGGAGCAUGCACUCGCUAACCUUAAUUUCAUCCAGAUUAUCUCGCGUCCGUCGUCUCCGUCGGCUUAG